UUCAAACGUCAGUUCAGAAGAAGACUUCCUCAAUCACACCCGCAGCGAGCACAACUCACACUGCUCCGUAUACUACUUGUCGGUUAUUGCUAUAUAUAGAGAGCGACAGAUACUGUGAUGAAUCGACUAUUUUGUAGAAAGGGCAACCUGAAAAUCAGUUCCCAAUGGGACAUAAUAGCCUGUAUUGUCAAAAUCUAACGGGACCGUUAUUCAAACACUUCCUCAAGGCGGUGCAUUGUAAGUAAAGGUUACACCUAGUUCCUCAUUUUUUAACUAGGAGCAUGGAGGGCAUUUGUUUCGAGGUCAAACCCAGGGAUGACCCAAUCAAAGAUCAUCCUCUCUGUGACCUUACACAAACACUUCCUGGAUCAGAGGGUAAGAGGGAGAAAGAAGAAGGGGAAGAGGAGAUUCAGUACAGGCUAACUCUGGUUGGAUCUUUGGCCGUACAUCCACAGACCACCAUGGCGAUGCUUCCUUGGGUGGUGGCUGAAAUACGGAGACCCCGGCUGGGGGAGAAGAACAGAAACCUUGAAUUCAAUGGUGCUCACUCUCCAGAGAUGCAAGAUCAGCCUGUGGUACUGCAGAUUUCAGCCGAUUCGGUAUGUUGCAUUCUGGACACGGCAGGCCCGGGGAAGCUAUGGGACCCAUUGCAACAUAUGGUUCUGUUUGAUCACAGGCCUCAUCGAAUCACCAAACUCAUUCACAACAGCCAAGAGCCCAGCUAUUUCGGCUGUCUGCUCAGAGAGGAGAAGAAAGCAGCCUGCUAUGUAUUCCGCUGCCAGGACCAGAUGAAGGUUCCACAGAUCAUCAGCACUCUCAGGCAGGCCGGCAAAAGUUCUGCCCGACAAGAAGACACUCCCUCGUCUCUGCCUAGCAACGGCCAGGCAGAUGCCUCCUGCUCCACAGCAACGAUGGCUGAUGCAGCAACAGCCUUUGCCAAGAAAUUUGAGGUGUCACUUUGUGGGCGAGUGGUGGUGGCCCAUAAGAAAGCACCACCUGCACUAAUAGAUGAGUGUAUUGAGAAGUUUGGACGUGUGAGCGUCACAGGAUCACUUGCAGCGGGCAUCAGGCGGGCUUUCUCGCUCAAUCAGAUGGUGAAUGGAACAAACGAGGGAGCAGACGGAGGAGGAAAGCGACCUCUGUUUUUUAAAAGAGAUCAGAGUUUGCCAUUUCUGCAGGCAUUGGAUGAGAACGGCCUCUCAACGGAGCUCCAGCGACGGGCAUCAGACGGAGCCACCGGGGUCCAACCCACUAGCUUACAGGAGAACAGAACCAUGCUGUUCACGAUUGGCCGCUCUCAGAUAUUUCUUGUGAGUCCUGACACUAAGAAAGUGGCCAUAGAGAAGAGCUUCAGAGAGAUUUCCUUCUGUUCUCAGGGUAUUCGUCAUGUGGAUCACUUUGGCUUCAUAUGCAGGGAGUCGGUGGAACGCGGAGGCUGCCAGUUUGUUUGCUAUGUUUUCCAGUGUGCUAACGAAGCUCUGGUGGAUGAGAUCAUGUUGACCUUGAAACAGGCCUUCUCUGUGGCCGCCAUCCUCCAGCAGAACAGUAGGACCCAGAGUCAGCAGUGUGACAGUUGUCCCCUACAGCAGUUGCACAAACUGUGUGACAGAAUAGAGGGUGAGACAUCUACUUUUUGUCAUCUUACUCAUAGCUAUCACGUUUUAUCCCUGCCUGAAAAACAAGAACAGGCAGCUGUGUUUGAGAGCACCACGAAAGCCAGGCCUAAGUCAGAUCAGGAAGAGAACGAGUUUAUUGUGUCAUGUCUAAGACGACUAUAUGAGGACAGACAAAAGACACACACUCACACACAUGACGGACAAACAAAAAAGACUUCUCAGGAGGUUGCUGUGAAUGCUGAAGGCACCGUCAGUUCCAGUCGAGUGCGUCUGGAGGAGCUCAAGACUAGAGCAAAAAGAUCCCUCACUGAAUCACUGGAGGGGAUCUGGAAGGGCAGCAGUAAGUCCAAAUCCCACUCCAGCUCCACCACACUGAACAGCACAAAUCAGGAAACAUCAUUGGAGGAGCCCCUCUGCUCUUUCCUUCCCUCCAGUCCACUCCGCUCCCACAAUUCCACAGGGGAUCUGAAGCGUCUUGAAGGCUCAGUAGGAGGUCAGGAGGGUCCUGAGAGCCCGCCUCAGGGCUUCAGGAGACGUGCAAGCACAAUUAGUCACUCUCCCAUGCUGUCGUCCUCGGAGCCUAGUCUUCCCCCACUACAACCUACUGCCGCCACCAAACCCAAGCUUGUCCGACACUACUCUGUCAGCACAGAUUCCCCACAUCAGAGCAAUCCUUCAUCCCCUCCGGCUUCUUCCUCUCCUGUGUGUCAGCGGCCGUUGAGGCCUCGUACAUUUGCUCUUGAUCAUUCCACCCGGCCCCUCAAGUGGAGUCCAUCAGGGCUGAGUGGCUUUAGAGCAAGAUUACACUCCUCCUCCUCUGUUCCAAAUUUCCUCAAAUUUCUGGCCCCUGUAGUGGAGAGUGAUGAUACCAGUGACUCUCAGAGAAAGAGUGAUGUGGCGGCCCUGUCCAGUCCUGGAGCAGUGUGUGUUGUUGGGGAUGACAGUCCAUUACGUAGCCGGCGACACUCCUGGAGACAACAGAUCUUCUUAAGAGUUGCCACACCACAGAAGGGCUCAGACUCCACAGAAUCCACCUUAGAGGUUGGCAACAGAAUGGCGCUAGGAGGCGGAGUGGGGGGCGGGGACAGCGUCCUGGAGGCGGUGCCAGAGGAGAGGAGAAAGAGGAGUGGGGCAGAGCUAAGAGCGUUAUGGAGGAAAACAAUUCUUCAACAAAUUCUCCUGCUGCGGAUGGAGAGAGAGAACCAGAAACUACAAGCAUCAGAGAGUGAUCUGCAGUGCAGACGACUGAAGCUGGACUAUGAAGAGAUCACUCCGUGUCUGAAAGAUGUCACACUAGUCUGGGAGAGAAUGCUCAGCACCACUGGGAGGUCAAAGGUCAGAUUUGACACUGAGGAGAUCCACAAAGCUGUGGGACAAGGCGUUCCUCGUCAGCAUCGAGGAGAGAUUUGGAAGUUACUAUCAGAGCAGUAUUUGCUGAGGAAGGAGGUGCCCAGCACCAAACCUCCUAACAGUAACACUCCUUACAAAGAGCUUCUGAAGCAGCUCACAUCCCAACAGCAUGCCAUCCUCAUAGACUUGGGACGUACAUUUCCCACUCAUCCAUAUUUCAGCGCUCAGCUGGGUGCUGGCCAGCUGUCUCUCUAUAAUCUACUGAAGGCAUAUUCUCUGCUGGACCCAGAGGUGGGUUACUGCCAGGGCUUGAGUUUUGUGGCUGGCGUGUUGCUGCUCCAUAUGUGUGAGGAGGAUGCAUUCCACAUGCUCAAAUUCCUUAUGUACGACAUGGGCCUGCGGAAACAGUACAGGCCUGAUAUGAUCAUACUUCAGAUUCAGAUGUAUCAGCUGUCUCGUCUGUUGCAUGAUUAUCACAGGGAGCUGUACACUCAUCUGGAGCAGUACGAGAUCGGCCCCAGUCUCUACGCCGCUCCCUGGUUCCUCACCGCCUUUGCGUCACACUUCCCUCUUGGAUUUGUUGCUCGAGUGUUCGACAUGCUGUUCCUUCAGGGAUCAGAGGUCAUCUUCAAGGUGGCUUUGAGUCUUCUUGGUAGCCACAAGCCUCUAAUUCUGCAGCAUGACAAUCUUGAGUCAAUUGUCGAGUUCAUCAAAACAACCUUACCCAAUCUCGGUCUUGUGCAAAUGGAAAAAACAAUCAAUCAGGUGUCUGAGAUGGAUAUCAGUAAGCAGCUGCAGGCCUAUGAGGUGGAAUAUCAUGUUCUUCAGGAUGAGCUCUUGGAUGGUCCCUCCACUCUCAGCCACUCACAGCGCGUGGCCCAGUUGGAGAAGACCAAUGGAAGCCUCAGACAGCAAAACUUAGACCUCCUAGAGGAGCUUCAGGGUGCCCAUGCAAAGAUCAGGUGGCUGGAGACUCGUGUGGACGGCCUGGUGAAUCGAGAGGCUGAGCUACAAUCGGAGGUAAAGACUCUCCAGCAGGAACGGACAGAGCUGCAGCAGACUGUAUCCAAACUCAGAGAUCUCCUCAGCAGUCUGGGUAUAAACAGCUCCUUCCCUGACCAGGAAAACCUCACCAACACAAGCAACAAUCAAUAACUCCGGCAGUUCGGAUACACAGUCUAGUCUUUAUAAACACUCAACAGUCCUCACCAGAUCUGCUAUCAAGCUCCUCCUGUAAGUAAGGUGAUGCCAUCUUAUUGGAGGUGGACAGGUAGGUUUCCAGGGCACUGAAGAUCCUUCACCUUAGAUCUUCUUAAAGAGCUGAAACAGUGUCUUUUAGAGUAUCUCGCCAGAACUGAUCAAACAACCUAAAAGAUCAAAACAUUAAACAGCUCAGAAAAAUCGAUAAGAUUUUCUCCCUUUCUGGUUCGUAUGGCAUUAGUGACUGACGUUUACUUUAUGGACUGAUAAAUUCUGGGUCAACAUUUUUAAUCCACUCUUCUUUUUACACUCCCUGCUGUUGUUAACAUGGCAUAGACCCCAACAAAGCCUCUAAGGUAGAUUUGAUUGGCGUUCAGGCAUCAGAUUGACAGUUCCCCAGUAAGCACUGAAAAGCCCGCUGAAAGGCUAUGGAUAAAAGCACUCUUGCUGUGCAGCGUAUUGUUUGCACUCUGUUCGUUCUUUGUGUGAAUGUUUGUAUGUGAGCAUGUAUGUAUGUUGAAAUCUAUCAUUGUAUUCCAGUGCAAUAUAAAUUAAAUAAGACAACCCUUCAGUACACUGUAAACCUGCACAAUCUUCUGUUCUAACAGAAAUCAAAGAGGAGCUCAAAUCUGAGUGCAUUUCAAUUAACAGAGAAGCGUUUCAUACAUAUUUUCAUCUGAGACUCAGACCGAAUGCUGCUGAUUUACUCAGAAAUCACUUGAUCUUAAGAGAAAAUCCUCACUCACACUUUCCCGAAAUAACAUUUUAACUAUUCAAUCAAUAGUCAGUCCGUUUCAUUGCUACACCAAAAAUGCAAAACUUCACAUAUAAGCACAGUAUCCACCAGUUUGUUCAUUUGGAUUUUGAGGUCUCCACUAAUGGCGUUUUAGCUACUUGGCUGCACUGCUGUUGAUAUGGUACUCACUGAACCAAAGCUCUGAUUAUAUUUUAGGACUUUCUCUGUGACAAACCGCACGUGUUUGGUGCAUAGAUGUGUGUGUUUGUCUGAACGCAUUGUACGUGAGUGUUUGUUUAAAUGCACGUUCAAGAGUUGUCACCUCACCUCCGUAUUUGAGUGUGAAAUGUUUUGGCAGAUGGAAAUUAAGGGGUGUGUGUGAAUGAGAAAGAAAACAGAUCAUCUUGCAUCAUUUGCAUGACAAUAUGUCUUUACCCUUUGACCUCAUGUGCUUUUCUGGAGAAUUCCAUUUGUGUUCCCCAAUGUUGGAAAGACGGAUGCUGUAAAAACAUCAUUCUUGAUGCUUUAUUUUUAUUGGUUUUUAUUGAGAGUAUUAUUCUUAUUAUAUGCAUUAAAAACAUUUUAAAAGGA